AUGGAUGCUGGAUUGAAGAAGCAGAUCGAUGGCCUUCUCGAAGAGGCAGAGAAGGGCUCGCUGCUGCAGUCCAUGGAGAAGAUCUAUGCCAUCCUUCGGGACCACGGCCUCAUGUGGUCAUCAACCGUCCACAGUCGUUGGAUUGGUGUACAUGAAAGCAACCGGGACGGGACAGGCAUCAGUCCAGAUCAUGUCCAGAAGCUCUGCUUGGACUUCUUUGAGUUUGGCUACGUCCCCAGCGCAUCCCGCAGGAUCUGCAUUGAACUGGGGACGGGUGACAGGUGCAGUGACGAUACACGUGCCUACAAUGACAAGUUGGUCCAGCAGUCCAACAACCUGUUGCCGCCCAUCAAGGACAAGUUGCGUUUUGCCACCAUAGCUGGGUCACAUUCCAAUCAAGUGAUGAGGAUGUGGUUCUAUGGAAUGGAGCAUGCAAGUGAGAAGCUGACCACCGGUGGCCGAUUGAGCUCAGAGAUCCUGCAGCGCUCAGAUUCCUUGUGCUGGCAGGCUGUUCAUCAGGGCGUGGAGUGGGAGAUCAUUUCCUCACUGGUGCCAGCCACCUGGAAGCACUUCGCAUCGUUGGCUUCAAGCGCUGCGAACAGUGCUCAACAAGUGUCACAGGGUGAGACAGACUUGCAAGUCUGCAAGAAGAUUGCCAGCACAUGGCAGGCAUGCAAUGCAGGCAAUGUCAUGACAUACCAGGAGAUGAAGCCAAUUCUUCUGAGGAGCAAGCCGCCCAGAACUGAAACAAUUCCUCACUUGUUCUCUUUCAUGAUGAAAUGUGGAGGAGGAGCCACCGGGCACUUGAUGCAGGCCACUGAAAGCUUUGUGAGAUGCAAUGGCAUCUCCUCGAGGAGGCUUCCAGUGCAAGCGUGGGACUACCUCGCCACUGACGUGAAGAACAAGCAAGGGGAGCAGGCAGUUCUAUGGCGGCACGCCAUGCUGAAGACCAUGUACUGCGUGGAAAAUGGUUUGACUCCUGCAGACAUCAAGAAAUCGUUCAGCAAUGGCAGCAUUUUCCAACAGGUCUUGGUGUUUGAACGGACGCACCAAGAGCUGAGGAAGCUCGGUGCCUCUAUGAGUGAGUUGUCUGGCCACAUGCUGGCCCAGGGGCUUGGCGUGUUUGAGGUGGACAGUGUCAUGGCAAUUUUGGGAAAGAAAUUCAAAGGUCCCCAUGAAUGUCGCAGCAUCAACACCAUCGGCAUCGGCCUCUCAGACUUCACGGCCAUCAUCGGCAAAGGGCAGGACUAUAAAUGCCAGUUGAUCCGUGACAUCAGUGAGGGUGGUCGCUUGACUUCGGCCUCCAUCGUGCUUGAUGCUGGUUUCGAUGUUGGCUCCAAAAUUGUGAGGAAGUCUGACAACAAGGAAGCCACGAUCAAGGAAAUGUCAAGCAUCAGAGUGGUUGUGACAUGCGAUGACGGGAAGGAUUACGACCUAAAGGUUGAUGACCUGAUUGGCGGCAAAUGGAAACAUCAACCAAAAGAAAAAGCACCAGAACUUGUCAAGGAUCCUGAGGUAUGGAAGGAACUGUUGAAGAUGGGGGUCAUGAGGGCUGAUGUCAUCAAACGAAUCCAUGAAACAGUUCAGCAGUGUCCGGACCAACUCAAGGGCUUGGAUCUCAUUCAGAAGCCAAAGGGUGUUUCAGCCUCAAGUGACUUUGGCAAGGGCAAACUGCAACUUGUUCCAAUCACGACCAGGGUGGAGAUAGUUGAUGAGUGCACUGAUCAUCGGCUUCCACCAAAUGCGUUGCGCAUUUGUGGAGAGAAGAUCGACGGGAAAGAUCAUGGUGUCUUUCUGCUGCCGCCCAAUGUCCCAGUUCCGUUCUGGAUGAUGAAGACAACAGAUAGUGCAAAUGAUGACGAGGCCAACAUGGAACUGGUGAAGAAGGGCAACAAAAUGUUUGUGGCGAGGAACACGCAGGCGGUCUCUGCAGGUGAUCCACUGGUGCUGGUGAGGGAUGACAUGGCUGCUGCAAAGAAGCCUGAACCGCUACAACCAGCCACCCGCCCUCUGAAGAGGCAACGAAAGACAGCAUAA